AUGAGCAGCCCCACAGGUCCGAUCGGUGCGGCGGCGCCGCCUCUCGGGGAAACGCCCGAUUUCAACAACCCACGCGACGCCGGCCACGUACUCCACCUGGUAUACAUGUGCUUCAUCCAGACCAUCGUGGUGGUAUUCUUCGCCAUACGCGUUUACGUGAAGCUGUGGGCUAACGGAAAAUUCCGAUUGGAAGACUGGAGUUGUCUAGUUGGAUGGAUCUUCACUGUGAUGCUCAACACGUCCGUUUUCCUGAAGCUCCGUUUCGGUGAAGGAUUCCAUAUCUGGGAAAUCACUGCGAGUAAUUACGUGGAGAUCCAAAAGUGGCUGUACAUCGGCUCCCUGUUUUACUCGCCGGCAGCCUUUUUCACCAAGGCCGCCAUCUUACUCCUCACGAUACGAGUCUUCUCCGUCAACAAGAUCGUCGCCCGAACGCUCCACGGUCUUUUGGUAUUCUUUCUUCUCUGCUACAUCCCGGCGGAAGUGGCUAAGGCUGCUGUUUGCAUUCCUGUACGAGCCUUUUGGGACCCGUCGACACCCAACUUCAAAUGCAUCAACCAAUCGAAGCUCUUCACAUACGAUAGCAGUCUCUCCAUAAUUUCCGAUUUGAUCAUCCUCGUCGUCCCUGUCGUUCUGACGUGGAAGCUGAAAGUUUCGACGAUCAAGAAGAUCAAGAUUAUAGGACUCUUGGGUGCAGGUGGUGUGGCCGUCGCGGUGACAAUCUACAGGUUGUUCCUGGUAAUAGAACGAUUAGACGAUUCCAAGGACACAACCGUUGAGUUUAUUCCGGUUGACUGGACGACAACGGGAGAGCUCGCCAUCGGCAUAGUGUGCGCUUGCGUGCCCUCGAUCAACUACCUCCAUGAGCAACGCACUGCCCGCAGAGGGUCGUCCACCACCUCUCAGGAGCGAACACCAUGGUGGAAAGCAGCUUACAAGAGACACGUCCAAUCUUUGUCAACCUGGGGCAUGGGUUGCGGGUCCAGGUUGGCGACUGGAAAUAGGACGAGGCUGCGAAGCGUCGACUCGAUAGCCGUGCUUGCUGCUACUCCCGAGUCAGAGAGGGGCGAGCCCCAGCGACCAGAUUAUGACGUAGAGCUCGCGACGUUGUCGGUGCCGUACCCUGAGCCCCAUCCCGGAGAGCCGGUACCGAGAGAAAGAGGAGGCCAUGGCCAUAGUCAGCUGGCCCCGCUGCCUGUCAUCAGGCGGAGCAGUCCCUUUAAAGUUGAUGAGUUUCCAUGA